UCCGGCGGUGUGUCUGGUCUGCUCUCCGAGUGUGCGUGUGCGUGUGUGUGUGCGCGCGCGUGUGUGUGUUUUCUUAAGCCGGGCUAUUCAAACCUGCUGCAAUUCUCCGGUAAACAAUGAUUCAUGGGGCUUAAUGCAAAUAAACGGAUUGCAAACGACGCGGUUCGCGCACUUUGCAGCCGGCCGGGUGGAGCGGCCAGUGCCGGAUUUCUCCCUUUUUUUGCAGAUCUGCAGAAUAUGGCGUCCCUGUCCUGUUUUAAAAAUAAGCCAGGCUGCCAUUUUUGUUUUUCUUUUGUCUGAAAAUUUUAAUAAAACUGUCUGAGAAUGUGGGAGAGGCGGCUGGAAGCAGAGGGGGCACCCGAAGGGUUGGCUUUUUUCCUUUUCUUUGGCGAGAGCCGCGAGCCUUUCGGGGAGGUGAGACACAAUGCAAUUGCACUUUAAAGAGAAAAAAAAAAAAAAGGAAGCCGCUGGGCGAUUUUGGGGGGAGGGUUGGGAAUUUAAAGUUAACUCCGAAAGUUUUCUCUCUUUUUUUAGUUUUUUUUUUUUUUUUUUCUUUUGGAAGGCGGUGAAAUGCCGCGAAAGGAUCUCGGGGCUCAUUUCUCCCCCCAGCCAGCUGCCUCUGCGGGAUUUUUGGGAAAAAGUUAACUGCCGAUUUCCCCAGAGCUGCGGGGGGGGGGGGGGGGGGGGGGGUUGGGGGCGGGGGUUUCGGGGGGCUAGGAAAUGUCUUUUGGAAGAGGCCGCGUAAAACGGCAUUGUAAGGAACUAUAUUCUCAGAUUUGGAGGAGAGGGUUGGCAAUAGGGGCUCUGAGUGGGCCCUGGGUUUCCAACUAAGACCCUCGGCAUGAGGAAGUAAUCCUGCUCUCCCCCACCCAGCCCUGGAGCAGUGUGGAACCCUCAGAGCUCUGAGCUGGGGGUGGGGUGGGCCUGUCUCCUUCAUGGGUGGCCGGGGCCCCAUUGUAGGCGGAAAUCCUGCCCUGGGUGCUGCGGUAGCUCCCUGAGCCCUUGGGCAAGUGUGCUCGGCAGUUGGAGAGCCCCUUCCCCGACCUGGUGGGCCUCCUGGCCCUGGUAGGUGGCUUCUGGUGGUAAAUGCCCCCAGGUGGUUGGCUCUUGGCUGGGUGCAGGCCGGCAGCCCCAGGGGGACCUGUCUGAGGGGAGGGGCCGGGAGAGGUUGUCCGGUGGUGGUCGUCUGAGCCUCUUCCCUGCGGUGUGCUCUUACCCACUCUGCCGCCCCUGCCCUGCCCUGGAGGCUCCCUGUUGGAGGCAGUUUGGACUUGGGUGAAGUUCCUGAAGUAUUUCUCUGGACAGGUCAGGGCUUGCUGGCUUUGAGGCUACAGAAGUGUUCUGAAGGCCAGGCCCACGAGGUCUGGGGUGGCUGGCGCUGUCCAAGUCACCUGGGCAGCCUUGGUUGGGUGUGGUCUUUCCCUUUUGGGAGAGUUUGUCUGUCCUGGGAGGACCCUAAGCCUGUCUAACCCCUUCCCCAAGGUCUCCUGGAGGGGAGACCCCUCCAGUCACUCCUGGUCUGUGACUCCACAGGGCAGGGUGAGCUCACUUCGGGCAGAGCCAGGGGUUGAAGCCUGGGGCUUAGGGAUUCAGGGCUGCAGAAGUUGGCAUGUCUGAGCCAGAGGGUACUAAGCCAGGCAUUUUUCUGAUGGAGAAACUGAAGUCUAGAGAGGGGAAGUGAUUGUCCCAAAGUCACAUUGCCAGUUAGAUGGAGAGCUGAGACAGGGACUCAGAUUUCAGGUUUUUACAUCUGGGCUCUCUCCACCGUUCUCUGUUGGGGGUCUGACCCCUGGAAGAGUCAUUUUGGACAGAACUGGACUGGAAUGGGACAGCAUGUCCACCUUCACUCCUACCCCUGCCCACCGCCAUCAUAAUCCUGCCUGAGUGAAGGGAACUUUACAGUUUGCACAGUGUAGUGCCUGAUUGUUAUCACGUCAGGUUUCUCCCAGAAACUCAGGUGAAAUUGUCAAGGUGGGGGAUACUUAACCCCAUUUUAAAAUUUAGGAAACUGAGGCUUGGAGAGGUUAAGCAGUGAUAGAGGAGAGCUUAAACUCAAGCUUCCGGACUCCUUGUCCAGGGAGCCUUUUCCUGGGUGGACUUUGGUACUUGUGGACAGGUGUCUUUCCCAACUGCUAGUUUUUGAUCUUUCAAACUCUUCUGCUUACCCCAGUGACUGUGUAAAAAAUCUAGAAGCCCACCCCUUAAAGAAUGUCAGAGCUGAAAAGGCCCUGAGAGGUCAUCUCGGCUCAGAGAGGGGCAGCCACGUGCUUGAAGUCACCCAGCAGUUUGGGUCCCAGCUAGGAGCGGAGCCUGUCUCCUGUCUCCUUUUGUCUGUGAGACACUCAGAGGGGGAGUGAAGCACUCUACCUCCCACCAGAUUCCACUGCUUGCUGGUGGUUAUGGUGAUGGGGCCACGGGCACUAUAAUGGCCAGCACCUGGCAGAGGCAUGGCUUUGUCCCGGGGGCUAAGGAAUAGGCUGUUUGUGGUCUGGGGGAUGGGGGCAAGAUGGCCGCUGGUGAGGUGUGGACUGGGUCUGAAGCUAGCCUGGCCCCAGCCCUUCCCUGGGCAGACACUUCCCUGCCUCUGUAAAGUGAGAGUCCUUCCUUCCUUCCUUCCUUCAUCCAUUAGUUCAUUCAUUAGUUUGCUAGAUUAUGCUUUUAUUCUUUCAUUGUACAUUCAUUAGUUUAUUGGUUAGUCAUUUCAGUAGUCAUCCAUCUGCCCUCCCAUCCAUCCAUCCAUACAUACGUUCAUCUGUCCAGCCAGCCAGUCCCUAGCUUACCUGCCCAGGUUGGACAGCCAUGUGAAAUACAAGGACAGUCCUUCAGGGCUCCAGAGCUAACAGGGUGCAGAAAGCACUAGCUAGGGCAGUAUCCAUGGGUGCCUACAUGAGUCCUCAGGGAAGGUCUCUUGGAGAAGCAGGGGCUUGAAAAUACCACUACCAUGAUGGUGAAUCUGGGUCCUGGGACCAAGAUCCAUUUGUCUUUAUGGUUUGUACAGUGUGGUGUAUGGCUCGUGUGACUCUGGGCACAUUCUUCCCCUCUCUGAGCCUCGAUUUCUUGAUCUUUAAAAUGCGGUAAUCUCUAUGACUCUCUCAUGGCUUGUUGGGAACGAACGCAAGAGUGUCUGUGAUGUCUCCCCGCCGUGGCCAGGCAUGUAGUAGGAGCUCAGUGUACACCAACUGAAUUAGAAGGAUUGUUGAUUACCACCUCAGGCCCUGCCUUGAUUUUGAAAACCAUCGUGCUGGUUUCAGAAUGAGCCCAAUGAUCAUGACCUGGGGACCCCGAAAGCCUUGUGUAGCCUUGUCAUUCCCCUGCUGAAACUCUUUUAAUAUUUCCUAGGCAUUUUGAAGAACAAGAAUCCAAAGUCCUUUAGGGGCCUACAAGGCCCUUUAUGGUCUGGGCCUGCCCACCCCUCCACCUCAGCUUCCCCUCUACCCCCCAGUCUCACCACUUCCAGCCACACCAGCUUCUUUCUGCACCUCGAAUUUACAAAGCCUGUUGGCAGGGCCUUUGCACAUCCACCCCCGACCUGGAAUGCUUGCACGGCUGGCGCCUUUUUGUUUUGCAGGUUUCGGCUCAGCUGGGGCUUCCCUGGCCACCUGCUCUGUGAUAGCUUCCCACUGUCACUCUCGGUCACACCAGCCCUUGCAGCUCUCAUCAGUAUCCGAAACUUCCUCGUGUGUUUGUUUAUUUUGUUUAUUUGCACUAAGCCUUGCCUGUCCGCACAGCUGUCACAUGCUUAAACCCCACGCAGGCGAGUGGGCAGGUGGGUCCAGGACGGGGUGGCUGUGGCUUUGGUGGACGUGAGGAGAUGCCGCCCCGGCUGCGGGGCAGCCCCUGGGAGAUGAAGUGACACCAGGCUCUGCCCUCUCCUCCCCUGGGAGGCUCCGGGCUGUUGUCAGGAAGUAAUGAGAUGAUUAAAUCAUGGGAUCUAAGAAUCCUAGUCUCUUUCAAUCUCAGAACCUUAGCAUCUAAGAAGAUUUCUGCCUCAGAGCCUUUGACACUGGAGUCUGUGCUUGAUCCAAUCUGGGACUUAGACCCUUUACAAAGAGCUCUCACUGCCUGACUUAUUUAGUGGCCCAGAGCGCUUACGCUGCGCCAGGCCGUGUUCCAAAAGGCUUUAUAAAUGUUGACAUAUUUAAUCCUCAUUGUUAUUACCCCCAUUUUACAGCCAAGGAAAUGGAGGCACAGAUUAGGGAACUUGCCCAAGUUCACAGAGCUCAACAGGCACAUCGUGCGAUUUGAACCCAGCACCCUGGGACUCUGCCUUAGAAUCCCACAGCUGGUGAGGGGAAGCCCAGCCUCACCUGAUCCCUGCACAGAGCGGGAACUCCCUUCCCACAUCCUUGACAAGAGGGCCUCUGAUCUCUGCUAGAGUGGCAGGGAGUUCCCUCCUCACAGGCCCCCUAGCCUCCCUUUGUCAGACAGUUGUCAUUGCUGGAAAGGUCUACUUUACAUAGUGUGAGGUGCUGCACCUCCCCCUGUGAAUAACACUUGGGAAGUGAUGUUAGUGUUACGGUUUCCCAGUGCUUUGGACCUUAUAGUUUGAUGACUUCAGUAGCUUCUCUCUCCCCACUGGGUUGUGAGCUCCCUGAGGGCAGGCCUCCUUGGUGCUUGGUGUUGAAUGUGUGACCGGGCACCGAGCGUACAUGCAUCCCGAGCUCCUCCUGUCUCUGUAGCACCGUGCUAGGCCCUUGUCCAGGGUAUUGGAAAGGCUUGGUGUACUGGGGGAAAGAGGACAGUUAUCUUUCCAUGUAGCCGCAUGUAUACCCAAUUCGUGGGGAACCAUUUGAGAUCUAAAGUCACACACUAAUUGAGGAGAGAUGGACCUCACAGAUUAUCCAGCCAAACCUCAUUCUGUCCAUUGGGGAAACUACAGUGGGAAAGGAGAGGAGUAGGCCUUGUCCACACAUCCCGACGCUUUGCCUGAUGGGCUUUCCUCUCCUCAGGUGCCAACAGGCUGCCGCAAUAUGUGCCUUGGGAUUCAAAGGCAACGACAGCCCUGGUUGGGGAGCUGCUCCCUCUGUUGGCAUUGGCCUCCUCGUCUUCACAAUGGGGGUAACACUCCUCGAGGUGCAGGGCUGCAGAGGGCCCAGCGCCCCACCUGGACUUGGGUGGGAUUGAGAGGUGGGUGGAGUGGAAGUGGGUUGGGGGCUGUGGGUUUGGCUUCGUGGAACCAGGGCUGGCGCUGGGCUUUGGAGGCUGGUAGGAUUCGGGGACGGGGCGGAGUGGUGUGUUGAAUGGAUAAGGUGUGUGGGGAAGGCCAAGGGAUUUGGCUCUGGGGCCCAAAGCGUCCUCCCUUGUCCCUGCAUCAUCUGUGUGGCAGGAUAUCCUUGGGGGGCGGUCCCUACCGUUUGGGUCCUUCUCUGAGCUUUGGGCAAAGGCUUCAUGUUCCUUGAGGGGACAGUUUAGCCAUUUCAGGUUCUGGGGUUCAAUGGGAGGACACCUGGCUGAGACGGGCACACGCCCCCCGACACACUCAAAUAUACACACUUGCACAUAUUCAUACUAUCAGCCAUUCCGCUUCCACCUUUGACCCUGCUCCCCUCGCCCCACUUUUGCCAAUUCGAGGUGCUCCCCUGCUAUUUCAGAAACACCACCAGAGGUGCCCCAAACUGGGCCUAUAGGAGCCAGGAGUUCAGGAGACAAGUCCACACACGUGAUACACACACGUCACACAGAAGCACGUUUAUGCACUCCUGCCACCCACAGCUUACACAUAUGUUCAUAUACCUGUGUGCACCUGCCAGGAAACAACACACAGCUGCCUGCCUGCCCCUCGUGUACUUCCACACUCUUGUACACGCCAUAUUUAUCACCUGCACACAGGCAUACUCAUGCACGUGUGUGUUUUACACGGAGGUGCCUCUUACACCAGCCUCACGUUCUGGCCUCGCACACAGUGUCUCCUGCACACCCGUGCAGCUGUGUGUGCCCGCACCCUGCCCGGACCUGCCUGCAGCCUGCCUGGACCUCCCACCUUCACCCGGCAGGACUUCCUGAGCAUUUACCAUAUACCAGGGCCCAUGCUCCAUGCUGGGGACAGAGGUGGGGAAAACUCAUACCGUUCCUGCCCUGGUCGGGGAGACAUUAGACAAACACAAAUGAUGAUAUGAUUACAGACUCUGGUAACUGCUGGAAAGGAACCACUUUCCUAUGAUGAGGAAAGUGGUACUUUUAGAUUUACUGUAACCAGUGACGAUAAUCGUGUGUGUGGGGGAGAGGGGCUUCUGGGAGGAAGUGAUAGCUGAACUGGCUUGAAGUUUUCCAGGUGAGGGCAUUCCAGGCAGAGGGAACAGCUGGAGCAAAGGCCCCGAGGUGGGAAACCAAGGAACAUGGAGAAGGCGGUAGCCCUGCGACCUGGGGGAGGUGGGCCUGGCCUGCCAGAGCCUGUCGUAGGUCUUCCCUGGCCUCGACCCCGACCCACAUGUCCACCUCAGGCCCUCUCCAUCCCUCUCUCUGACCAGCCCAACCUUCCCUUUGCUGCCUUGUCCUGCUCAGGGCCCACUCUACCUGCUAGCCUCCACCCCGGGCCUGAGCCCUGUCUGCCCUGCCCCACAGGCUGCCCACCCCAGGGGUCCUGAGAUACAGCGUGAGGACAGGCUCUGACCACCUGCUGGGGGUUCCCGGCCUGGGACCCCUAGGACCUGUCUAGAAAGCUCCUGGGAGCCAGGCCACAGCUGGGGUUCAGCAGCUGGCUCUCUUGCUUUGCGUAAUCCCAGACUUGGCUCUCCAGGGGUCUGCCAAGCAGCCCCUGUGGGGUCUGAAGGGCUCACCGAGCUGCUGCAUCCACUGCCCCCCAGCCCAGGUGAUGUCUCCGGUUGGUCACAUUUCCAUGUGGGUCUUUGAAAUGUUGGGAAAGUCUCCCGAGUGCCUCGGAGAACCUAAUGACAAAACAGCAACGACCAACACUGAAUCCUUACUGUGUACCAGGCACUGUUCUAAAGACUUGUUAUGUAUUCACUUAUCAAAUCCUCACAAAGACCCUGAGGCCAUACCUUUAUCAUCCCAGUUUGGUAACAGUCUCUGGGGCUUUGACCCAGGUUGUCUUGUUCCAGAAUCUUUACUUUUAACCCGUCAGUGGCCACAUCGCCCCUCAGAGGGUCCAAGAAUCCAGGCUGUGAGUUAGUUGAAUCUCUUUGUUUUAUAGAGGAAGGAACAAAGGCCCAGAGAGGAAAUGGACUUGCGAAAGGUCACACAGCGAGCAGAUGGCAGAGGCAUCCAACUCCUUACUCCUUCUGCCCUCACCAGCCGCAUGACCUUGGGCAGGUUACAUCUUCUCUGAGCCUCAUUCCUGACCCCAAGCAAGGGAGAGAUUGCCCUGGAAGCCAGCAGGGUGGGACCUUUGGGGGAUGCGAGGACCGCAGUCGAGAAGGGACACGGGUGGGGGCUUUUGGGCCCCCUGGACGUGUGCUUGGUAAUAAGUCAUUGAGCUGCUCAUUUUUGUUCCAGGCAUCUUUCCGAAUGUGUGUUAUAUUUCGAACUGUUCACAGCAUCCACCUCACAGGGUCGUCGUUAGGAACCUGAGUGAGAAAUACUUGUAAGGCCCCUAAUAGUGCCUGAUAUGGAGGAAGUGCUCAGUGAUGUAUUAUCAUUGUCAUUUCACCCUGGCAGGAGUUCCCUGUAGGGAUGGGAGCUGGGGGACCCAAGGGGAAAUGGAAGCAGAGAAAGGCAUGUGUUCAAAGCCUGCAGAAUGUCCUCUCAGCCCUGAGAAGGCGGUCAUGGCCCGUUCCCUGGUGAGGGCACUGGGGCUCCCAGAGAGGGUCACCUCCCUGGGUGUCUCCGAGUGGCUGGUGGUAGGAGAGGGGAGGGGCAAGGAGGGGAAGGGACAGCAUCCCAGCUCCCACUGACCACGGUGCACACAGGAGCCCCCUCCCGCUCUGAUCAGCCCCGUCAUCACAAUGAAAAUGGCCCUUCGCAGCCCUGCAGGGCUGUGGCAAGCCAGCCUAAUUGGAUCCAGGACCCUCAGGAGCCUAGUUCCUCACAGGAAGUUCCCAGGAACAAGUUUCCGAGGCUGGCCUGGGUCCUGGGGGUGGGGUGGGGGGCAGCAGCUGGGACUCAGGGCUCUGGCUGUGUGGAGUUGGGGCCACAUGGAGGGCAGAGGGGUCAUGGGAGGAAAACUGAGCACAUGGGGUCUCAAAGCGCUGGGAAGGUGGGAAACCUCAGCUUCCCUCUCCUAGACCAUCUCCUGCUUGUCCCUUCCAGGCCAUCCUUCUGGGCCCCUGAUGACCUGUCUGUUGAAAACCUUGACCAUGGCCUUUCCUGGUUCAGGGACCCCUGAACGUGGCCCCACGUGGCCUUUCAUCCAGGUGCCUUCUCCUGGAACUCUGGCCCCUUAUGAACUGCCCCGGCAACUUUUCCCUCCUUCCCCUGUGAAUUCCUGCACUGGGCCCACACCAGACCAAACACGAGUCCACAUGCUUUCCUGCCUCGGGGCCUUUGCACGUGCGUUUUUUCCCCACCCGGCCUGCCCUUCCCUGGCAUCUCUCUCUUGACAUCUCCCCUUCCUGCCAUCAGUAAGUCCCAGCUUCAUGCAGUCUGUGUUCAUCCCUCAAUUGGAUGAGCUCGUCUUCCCAGGAGCGCCCCCGCCUCUAGCUCAGCCACGCCCCAGCAGUACCUUGUUGCCCCUCCCUGGGGCAGGGGCCAUUUUUGAGAAAGCUUUUCUGUCCUAGGAAGCUAGCAGCUUUCCAUGUCUUUGCACACAUGCCCCUCUGCUCUCUCUCUCCCCUCUUGCUCUCCUGGCAGACUUCCCCAUCUUCAAGACCCGCAUGGACAGACCCCCUCCUCCCAUGGGUUCCCUCAGUGAACUUUAUCAAGCAGCUAGGGUACUAGGCUCUGGGGCUGCAGCAGCGGCCCUGUCCUUGAGGGUCAUGGCUGGAGGCAGUGUUUAGAGGCGUGAUACAGAGGUGGGGUAGGGGGAAUGCAGGGGGCCACAGGGUCAGAGCUGAGACCUGAAGGAAGAGCUGGGUGAGCUGUGCCACUGAGUCUGGAUAUAGGGUUGUAACCAAGCCCUGACCUCACUGACACCUGGGGGAUUGGACAGAUAAGUUAUCAGGCUAUUCUAGGGUAGGGGGAUGCGUGCUUAGGUUAAGGGGAGCCCAGGAGGCUGUGGGAGCUAAGGGGAGAGGCUGCAAAUAUAGCCAAGGAUGGGGCUGGCGAUCAGGAAGGUUUCCUCUAGGCAAUGACACCUCAGCUGACUUCUGAUGGCCGAUGGGCAUCUGACAAGGUUCCAACUGAUGAUGGUCCCCCACGUGGAAGGGCAUAGCCUGUGCAAAGAAAGGCAAGGUGGCAUGAGAGCAACUUGUUUUGGGAACCUGCAGGUCGUUUAGUGAGGCUGGAGGGAGAGAUGCAUGUGGCCAGCAAGGCCUCCUUAGCAAAGGCCCUGGGCCACCCUGGGGAGUUUGAACUACACCCCAAAAGUUAUGGCAACCCAAUAGGGAUUUUAAGCAGGAGAGUGAGUGAGUGGGCAGGCUUUCCUUUGUUUGGCUUUGGCUCCCCAAGUCCCCAGAUAGGCAGGGGAGUCCCCCCUCUGACUGCACUCCUGGCUGGGGUCUGGGGUAGGGCUCGAGGCUCGCUGUGGGACUUUGAGCAAGCCCCUGACUCUCUGAGCCCCUGUCUCCUCCUGGGUAAACCUGCAGGGCCUGAGGCCAGGAUCCUAGUGGGGCCAUAGGCAGAGGCUGGGGUGUCUUUCUUGGCCAAAGCUGGCCGAACCUUUAGUUUUAUUAAAAAUAUUCCUUAAAAAGUCAUGUAGCCACGCUUCAGAAAAGUUGGAGAAUAGGGAAAUGAAAUAAACCAAAACCCACCCCCAUUUCUGUCCCCACCCCGAGCCCGAAACACACCACUGCUAGCAUUUUGGUGUUUCCUUCCUGUCUUUUCCCUCAGCACCCAGUUUUUAGAUAGAUGUCAUUGCUCUAUCUAUACAAAUAAUUUAAAACUCUUCCCUUCCCCCCCCCCCCAACUAAUGUUGUAUCAUGAGUGUUUCCUAAAUGACUGCAGGGUGGUUUUAAUCCCUCGUUUUAAUGGAUGUGGUGUCAGGGUGGAAAACAUGGGCUCCGGAGCCCGACUUUCUGAGUUCAAAUCGUAUACACACUGCUUGACUUUGGGCAAGUUACCUAAUUUCUCUGUGCCUCAGUUCCGUGUAAGGUUGAUAUGAAUGUUAAAUGAGUCAUUGCAAUGCCAGUAAACACUGGCUAUUAUCAAUGACUGUAGACUAUCACUGUGUAACAUGAUUUACAGAGCCAUCCCCCUGUUGUUUAAAAUUUUGGCUGUUCCAGGUUUUUGCUACUGUAAAAAAACCACUGAAGCAAACAGCUUUGUGCAUAAAACUUUGUCUAUAUUUGGGGUAUUUCCUAGGGACAGAUGACCAAGAAUAGGAUCGCUAGGCCAGGAAGUCUGAAAAUUUUUACAGAGCUCAUGCAACGUUAUUGCCAGAUUGUUUUCGGAAAUGUUUGUUCCAGUUUACACUCCCAGAAAUAAUGCAUGGGAGUGCCAUUUCACCAUACCCUCACCAGCAUUGAGUAUUAUCAUUUUCUUAUUGGGAAGAAAAUGGGAAGCAGAACCAUUUUCUGUGUUUAUUAGCUGUUAACAACUUUUUUGGUCUGCUAGUCUCUACAGCACACAGCCUCUUCUCAGAUCAAUUAAGAAGAUAGGGCUUAGAUACAGAAAAUAGGGAAGAAUAUAACACAGGGGACAACAUAGUUAGUGCCAGAGUGGCGGGAGGGGACUCAGAGGAGGGGGAGGGGACUUUCCUCUAACUAGGCCAUGACACUUUCAGUUCCUUCUACCUAGACUAUUCAUUCAUUCAAACAUUUAUCAGGUACUUUUUGGCUUAAAGGUAAAUGACUCAGCCUUGAUUGUGCCCUGACAGACAGCAUGGACGAGAAAACAGGCAGAAAAUGGACUGCCAAGGGUCUGAUGAUGAACAUGCAGGGCACAAAGGGAGCAGAGAGGAGAGGCACCCAACAUAGCAUAGCAGUCCUGGAAGGCUUCCAGGAGGAAGUGGCCUGUAAACUGGGGCCUGAGGAAUAAGUUGUAGUUAACCAGUGAAAUGGGGAGGCAGAGGGUUCCAGGGAGAGGUGAGGAAGUGAGAAGGGAAGUGGAGCAGUGGGGGAGUGCUCGGUCUGGCUGGGCAGAGUGGAAGGCAGAAAUAAACACUGAGGCCAAAGAGGUCGGCAAGGGCCAGGCAUGGAAGGCCUAAGGAAUCCAGACCUUGUCUGGAGGGAAGGAGGGAGCCAUCAAAGGUUUUCAGUAGGGGAAUGUUGUGAUCUGAUUUGUAUUUUAGAAAUAUCACAGUGACUGCAGUAGGAGAAUGGAAUGGGUCGUGUGGGUAGAGGUGAGGGACCCUGGGAGGAGGCUCUUGGAAUAGCUGAGGCCAGAGCAGAAAGGGGCCCGGACCAGGGCAGGGAAGGUGUGGAGAUAAUCCCUGUGGAACCCUGACCGGCUUCAAAGUGCCAAUGGAAUUUCACCUCAGCCAGACAGCCCUUGCGGACAUCUGCCAUGACCCACCAGGUCAUGUGUGCCUGGAGGAUGGGUGGCAUGCGACAGUCAGUUGAGUGCCCACCAUCCCUGACCCUGAUCCCCCCUGCUCCUCCCUGCCUCCAGACCCUCCAUCUGUUACCCCCGCCCCCUUGGCUACCAACGACUUUCUCUUUUUUUAAGAAUAAAUUUAUUGUUUUCAUUAUAAAAGCAACAACAACAUUGCAGAGUAGCUGGAAAUUAAAGAAACGAAGACAAAAAACCAGAUCAGCCCCAGCCACCUCCCCUAGCGCUCCCAGCCUCCCUCUGGGCGUGGUUCCCUGCAGCUUUUUCUGACGCAGGUUUUUAUUUUUGCCUCCUUGUAAUCAUAGUAUCCGGACAGUUUUGGGUCCUGCUCUCUCCCAUUUGCUUUGUUGGGAGCUAGUUCUCCUGUGGCCAUGGGGUCUGGGCAGAUCUCAUUUUUUAAUGUCUCUGGGCUGGCCUGGGGAUGGGGUAGGUGGGACAGAAGUUGCUGUCCUGCAGCGGGCGAGGUUAAUCACAUUCCCCCUUGGGCUGUCCAUUUUCUUCUGUGUCUGUUUGUCUAGGCCUGAACCUCCCCAGGUGGCAGGGCCUGGCACCUGGUGUGCCCCUUCCUCAGUGCCCCUGCCCCUUCUGCCCCUUGGUGGAGCUUGCUAGCUUGGCCUCAGAGGCCACCGUCCUGGGAAAGGGUGAUGGAUAGACCUGGUUUCCAAUCCAGACUCAGUUCUGUGACCUCAGGCAAGUUACUUAACCUCUCUGGACCUCAGUUUCCUCAUAUGUAUAAUGGGUCUAUUGCAACAAUAAAAUAACGGCUGUAAAAUGCCCUGCUACCACCAUUCCUGGCCUAUUUUAGGUGUUCGGGAAAAGGUAGUCGGUAUUAUUGUGCUUUUUCAUUCUACAAAGAGUUUCUGAAACCCCCUCGGACUAGAUGCUGGAAUGGCAGAGGUGAAUGAGCACCACUUCUACCUGUGAAGACCUCACAGUCUGGUGGGCAAGUCACCCAGGGAAACAUGACCGCACCAGGGUGUGAUCAGCCCUGUAGUGCUUCACCAGAUCUGGGUGGCAUCCUAACUCCAUCACUUGCUAGCUGUGUGACUUUGGGCAAGUUGGUCAACCUCUCUGAGCUGCAGUUUCCUCUUCUGUUAAAUGUGCUGUUGGGAACACAGAGGAAGUGACUGACUGGGGGUUCAGGGAAAGCUCCGUAGAAGAGGGAACACUUGAGCUGGGUCUUGAAGGAUGAGUAGAAGUUCACCAAGUGGGAAAGGACACUCUAGGAUGGCCGAGCCUCGAUUUAACAACCCCUACUUCUGGCCCCCUCCUCCAACCAUGCCCAGCCAGCUGGACAACCUGGUCCUGAUUAACAAGAUCAAGGAGCAGCUGAUGGCGGAGAAGAUCCGGCCGCCUCACCUGCCGCCCACGUCGGCCUCGUCGCAGCAGCCGCUCCUCGUGCCGCCGGCGCCGGCCGACAGCAGCCAGGCCGUCAUGUCGCUGCCCAAGCUGCAGCAGGUGCCGGGGCUGCACCCGCAGGCCGUGCCGCAGCCUGACGUGGCGCUGCACGCGCGGCCGGCCACCAGCACGGUCACAGGUCUGGGGCUCUCCUCCCGGACCCCGGCUGUGAGCACAUCUGAGUCGAGUGCGGGCACGGGUACCAGCACCCCAUCCACACCCACCACCACCAGCCAGAGCCGCCUCAUCGCCUCGUCCCCCACCCUCAUCUCAGGGAUCACCAGCCCCCCCCUCCUGGACUCCAUCAAGACAAUCCAGGGCCACGGCCUGCUUGGCCCCCCCAAGUCCGAGCGCGGCCGAAAAAAGAUCAAAGCGGAGAAUCCAGGGGGGCCGCCUGUCCUCGUAGUCCCCUACCCCAUCCUGGCCUCGGGCGAGACUGCCAAGGAGGGCAAGACGUACAGGUGUAAGGUAUGCCCGCUGACCUUUUUCACCAAGUCUGAGAUGCAGAUCCACUCCAAGUCGCACACAGAGGCCAAGCCCCACAAGUGCCCGCACUGCUCCAAAUCCUUUGCCAACGCCUCCUACCUGGCCCAGCACCUGCGCAUCCACCUGGGCGUCAAGCCCUACCACUGCUCCUACUGUGAUAAGUCCUUCCGACAGCUCUCCCACCUCCAACAGCAUACCAGAAUCCACACAGGCGACAGACCCUACAAGUGCCCACAUCCUGGCUGCGAAAAGGCUUUCACUCAGCUCUCCAACCUCCAGUCUCACCAGCGCCAGCACAACAAGGACAAGCCCUACAAGUGUCCCAACUGCUACCGGGCCUACUCGGACUCCGCCUCCCUGCAGAUCCACCUCUCGGCCCAUGCCAUCAAGCAUGCCAAGGCCUACUGCUGCAGCAUGUGCGGGCGGGCCUACACCUCGGAGACCUACCUGAUGAAGCACAUGUCCAAACACACGGUGGUGGAGCACCUGGUGAGCCAUCACUCGCCCCAGAGGACGGAGUCCCCCGGCAUCCCGGUGCGAAUUUCCCUCAUCUGAGCCGACGCAAGGCGCCGCCCCGCCCUGCCCACUGGCAGACACAGACCCAGGCAGCACCAGGCCCCGACUCCCUCCAGGGGCCCUCCAGGAACAGCCGAGCUCUCUCACGACCUUCCUGACCUUCCAGAAAGCCUGGGCCGCAGAAGCCCUGCCCGGUCCAGCUCCGGGGGCGGCCAGGCCAACUGCAAGAUUCUGGACUGUUCUGGUGGCAUCCAAAGACGAUCUCAGAGCACUUUGAACCUCUCUGCUGGGUUUUCCUUUUGUUCCCCACCCUUCACUUGCUUCACUGUUCUUUUUUUUUUUUUUUUAAGUUUGUUUUGGAAAUAACAAAAAAGAUAUUUAUUGGCCAAGAAGUUGGUGCUGCUAAGACCGAGAAAUUAAAAGAACCGGACAGAUGGACACAGAGAACCAGAGGGCAGCGUGGGACCUUAUCUUGCCACGGCCUCAGGUCUUGAGGGGAAGGCUCAAGCCUGGGUUUCUGGACUGCAAAGGGGGCCCCCGGGUGGGAGGGGCAGGAGGCAGCUGGAGUGAGCCGCUUGCCCCUGGGUGCCAGCUCGAGCCUCCAGAGCUGCGCCCUGGGCAUCACUGAGCAGAGGGAUGUGGCAGCUACCAGGGCUACCCAGUCUUCAGGAGAUGAAAUGAGAGGGGCCGGGAGGUCCACAGGACCAAAGGGUGCAGUGUUGGCUGGGCUGGGUGCAGGCCCAGGGAAACGGGGUGGGGUGGGCUGGGUAAGACCUGGCACCCCUGCUGCCCUGAAGACCACCCCAGUCUACCUCGGUGCUGGCCAAGAAACCUAUUGGCUACCUCUCCCACCAUCCCAGACUGUGGGCAGGGGGAGGGAGUGGGCCUGGGGCAAGGACCCCCCUCUCCAGAAUUUCCUCCAGAUGGGGCAGUGCCCAAGGAGGGGUUACUUGUCUUCCCUGCCAUGGAGGGGAAUCCCCAGCCCAGGCCCUAAGCCCCUGGGCAGGGAAGGGAUCCUCGGGGAGGAGGGUCCCGGGAACAGACCCUGCCCUCAGCUCCCACAGACACACCCCAAUCUGAAAGCCAUGCGUGUCCGUGUAUAUAGGAACUAUGUACAGAGCCCGGAGAAGCCCCCCUACAUCCCCUGGGGAAAAAAAAAAAAGAAAACUAGACAGAAACUCAUCUAUAUAUUCUGUAUCUGGAGUUCCGUUUUGAAUAUUAACUGUGUUAUUUUUAUACACUUUUUAAGCCUUAACUCGCCAUUGAUUUACCAGUUUAACGUCUCCUGGGGUUUCUUUUCCCACGGGGUUCUCUGCCCCGCCCCCACCCCUUUGUUUGACUGGCGUCGUCUGAUACUCAGUAUUGUAGCUUUUUGUCCGCAUGUUACUACCCUGUAAAUACGCUGUUAUACAUACUGUUAACACCCCUUUGCUUUUUUCUAUGGGACCUCCAGGCCACCAUAUUUAGAACUAGUUACCUUAUUAAAAAAGAGAAAACAGUCUGUUGGCUUCUCAGUCUGCAUCGUGGUGGCAGGGAGGUGAGGGCAGGUGCCCCUCAAGGCUUCAGGAACGAAGUGUGCGUUAUAUUGAAGGAAAGGGGUGGGGAGCAAAAAAAGUCAAACGUGGGGGAAGACACUAAAGGGGGCAAGAAACAAAGGAAUUCCAAACCCUCUGCUCUUUGUAUUUCUCUGUUGUGAAGAAUAAACUGUACCUGCAGCCGG